AUGGCUGAUCAGGAGACUGGUGCGGGUUUGGCCAUAUCAAAUCCUCCAGCAACCAAGGUGGGUAACAUGCGCAUUGCUCAAAAACAUAGAGAUACUGUUGAGAAACAGCUGUCAAGGUCGGAGUACUUGAAACAAGCCCACGAAUACAACUCAGAAAUAAUAGUUCCACCAAAGCACGAUUUUGAAACUCGGGAGGAGUUGGGAUUCCAUGAUCAGAGCGUCGUUUACAGCCAACAGAAACCACUUCCGCGUAUUUGCAAGGCAUCAAAACCUGCCCAGCCGAUCAUUCACCAACCUCGUAAUGAUUAA